UGACAGGAGACAAACUGCUGCACGCACAGCGUGGGAAACGCGUUAAGGGAAUGUACAUGCUGCAAUUGAACCUCAACUGAAUUAGUCUUGGUCAGGACACUAUGGUUGCUAUAAAGAAAGCCACUGUUUUUGUUAGCCUGCUGAUUCAAAUAAUUUUGGUGGACUUCAUCAAUGGUGGAACUAAGAAAGGUAUAGAGUCCAUAUAGAAACAAACGCAAAUCCAGCUAUUAACACUUGAUUCGUACCAGUCUAUAUUAAACACUUUCUCGAACAAGCAUUUCAGUGUAUUAUACUCAUCAGCUAAGCUCUUUUUAUGAUCUCAACUAUGUACGUGCAAUUCUUGAAACGUGCCAUGCAGAAGAUCGACCCCGGGGGGACUCCCUAUUAACAGAACGGGAAUGGUUGUAAAAUUGAGGAUUUAACAUGGUACCAGAAGGUCAAUAUGUUUAUACACAAAUCCUAGGGCAGUGCUUGAUAACAAAGGCAGAAGAAGAAAAGUAGAAAGAAAAAAGAAUGAAGCGGAUAUUCUGUGACACUUUCUGUGUCUGAAAUGAUUCAUGAUUGCUCUCACUGAUUUGGCUCACUCUCUAUUUUAGAAUUGUAUCGUUAAGAGCUAAAGCUUUGCCACGCCCCAAUUAAUUCCAAUUUUCUGACCAGCGUCUCCCCCACCAUCACCUGGGAUCCCCCCCCCCCCCCCCCCCGGGGGCCCCCCUUUUUUUAAAACAACUUGCAAUUCAACUCAGCCCUCUUUUCUUUUUUUUCAAUUUGGGAUUGGGGAGCUGAUUUUUUUUUGGGGAAAAUUUUAUCCUUUUCUUUUUUUUUUUUCAUAUUUAUACAUUUAUUUUAUUUUUUUUUUUUACUUACUAAAAAAAAAAACAAAAAAUGAGUUUUGGUGGAUACUUUUUUUGUUUCAAAAUUUUUAGAAUUUUGUCUCCAAGUUGUCUCCUUUUUCCUUUUUUAAAUUUUAACUCAAAAAAAAAAGAGUUUCGCCCCCCCCAUAAAAUCCACAUUUUUUCCCCGCCGCCCCCCCCCCCCCCCCCUGGGUCCCCCCCCCCCCCCCCCCAGGGUGGCUGCAAUGUUUUGAAAACACAGUGCAAUUCAAUCUGAGACUGUUUUCAUGUAUUUCAAGUUGCAGAUGGGAAUAUUGAUAUUAUUGGAGGAAAAUGUCUCUCCUUUCCUUGCUUUCUUCAAAUGAUUAGAAAUUCAUAUUAUUGUUUUCGAUUAUUUAAUCAUGUAUAUUCGGAACUGAGCCAACGAAAACCACGAUACUGUUAACAACUAGAUGAAAUUCUUUUUCUAGAGCUUUCAGAACCCAAAAUGAAGAUCGAUAGAGAUCACAGAAUGUUUCUUCUGCGUACUUGGAUGAAAUCAGUGGAAAGAAGACAUAUAGGGAGAUCAAAGAGACAAACAAGAAACACAAGAGGAAGGAGCAGAUAUAGUCUACCCUACUUCCCUCUCUAUCCAAUGGACUUGCCGGGUACGUCUGUUGUUUAUUUCCGCCGUGAGGUCAUAUAUAGUCAAACUGGCCACUGAUACUGUUAUUUUUCACGGCAGUAUUUCAAAUCGCUAGUUAAAGUACUGCAAAUCAGUACUAGAUAAAACGUUAACUUAUGUACUUUUUGUGGAAUGUUCAUCUUGGUAGCUUUGGGUUAAUUGUAGCAUAAGUCCGGAGAGUGACUCUAGGGAGCUUUAGCAUCGACGACAGCGACGGCAGUGAGAACGUCGCUUUAAAAAUGAAUAAGCGUUUUCUUUUUUUUGAAACUGUGUCGCGUUUAUUCCAGUUCGCUGAAAAUGUCAAAUGUAGCGAAUUUCCCUGGAGUUGAUUACUUGGGGCCUGCACUUAAGUUUAGAAAGAGAAAGAAAAAUUCGUCGUCGCUCGUUUUGAAACGUCCUCCAUAAAACGUUAAAUUAGGUAGCUUCACGUUGUAGUGGCGUAGCGACGGCAAAGAAACGUACAAAAAAGCGUGUGCACGUGCAAAGUUGUUGUCUUGCCCGCAAUAUGAACCUAUUGCGUUUUUGACGUUCUCUUACCGUCACCGUCGUCGUUGCUAAAGCUUACUACUUAUGGCUGAAAGAGAACGCCUUUCAAAACGCAAACCAUGAUCUGAACGCCUCAAAAGCCAUUGCGCAUGAACGACUGACUCGAGACUGACACGCGCGCGUUGCCUUAACGAGGAAGGAAGAAGAUGAGUUUUCGGUGUUAGAGACUAAUUGCCGGAUAAUGAGCUAUCGAGCAAAUGAUGGCUAAUCCGGGGGCUAAUCCACCAUCUUGUGGUGUAUAUCUGUUUAGGUUCUUGAUGUUACGUAUGAUAAAGUUAUUAUUAUCGUAUACUCAGGCUCUUAGAAUUAGAUAAGUCUAAACCACUUAAAACUGCAUUUAGUUUUCUUUUUCAAAGUAAAGGGAAUAGUUAGGUCUUGGUCUGCUGAUGGUUCAGCAUUCGAGAAGAACAAACUUCAAAGUAAAGCCGCACAAGACCUUUUAUAGAUUCCAGUUCUUCUAGAUACUUCUUUGUACCAUUUUUACCUCAGUACUCGCUGGGUAUCAUGUUGAGCAAUUUAUCGAGUAACAAUCUAUUCAUCAAUCUACGAUAUUGAUCAUGAAAACUUUCCAGACUCCUCUUUCUGAUAUCGAUUGAUCUUUUGCGACGAGGCAAAGACUAGAUUUAUAUUGGUAAAUCCCUAAUGCUGAUUUUAUCUUUUGGCGUACUAACAGCUUUGACAGAGCUUUCAUUACGCUUCCUUAUGUUGCGCUCCCAGCGGCUGUGCUCUUGAAGAUGUGUAAUCCCUACGAGUGGCUGACAAGGUGUUGAACACCGCCAUUAUCAGUGUUUCGCGCGCGCAUGAAGAAAUAAAAAACAAACAAACCAACAAGCAAAAAACAUACUCGACAAAAACAGUGGCAAUCUUAUUAGACAGUACCUAACUUAUCGAACUUAUGUAGCAGGAAGUCCUAAACACUUGGCCACACUGAAAAGACCAGAAAGUUAAAUACAUGGAACUGUUUCAGCGUGUUGCUUAAAGUGUUUUCCAGCUUUUCUCAGUGUCUUUGUCGAACAUUUUAUGUCUUCUACUCUCAAGGAUUAGCGGCACCGUCAGUAGUGCGCAGCCUUCUUUGCGGGAAUUUCGGAGUUCGAUUCCCAGUUGUCACCUCGAAUCCUUAUUUCAACUUCUUUGCCUCUUUUCUUGUGGCUUUAAGUAGCUUUAAAUACCCAUAAAAAAGAGCACAGAUAACACAUAGCUACAGAUGGGGAGAGGGGAGGGAGAUAAAGUGAGCGCAUCGUCGACUUCAGUUAGGUAAGUUUAAGUAGUGUUUUUAAUACGAGUUACCGACGCGAAAUAAGGAUGUUUGCUGACUUUACCCUUACGACACGUGUUAGAGACAUAUUUCAGUUGUAUGGUUCUUUAAUUGUUCCCUAAACUUUUAUUUUUCGCUGAAGCAACGAUACUAUUUUACAGAAAUCCCAUAAAUUUUGUGAGCGACAGGAGAUAGUCCUUGCUUCUUACUGUAAAGUUUUUCUUUGAGCGCUCUGCAGUCUUUAGGCUAUUUUUGUCUAGUAACUAGAAACCAAGCGCCGUAUGGCAACAUCUAGUAAGGCGAUUUCAGAUGUUGUUAAUUAACAAUCACGCGAUUAACAAGUUAUCGAAGGAAGUCGCGGGCAAGACUUAAGGUUGACUUACUCAGUACCGCUGCUAAAUUUUGGUGUUGAACCACAGUUAAGCAAUCAUUGCCACUAAACUUGGAUCGAUGCGCUUUUAUUUAACAGCGCACAGAAAAACUACUCUGUAGGUAUUCGGUUUGUCUCUGGUACGUUUAGGCACCGGAAAUUGGUCCUUCAAUCAAUUUUUUCAUCUGAUAUGUUCGUUUAAAAAAAAGCAAAUAAAGUGGCUUAAGUCAGGUUUCUCUAUUGCAGAGCAUCCUGAUUUUAUUGCUGCUGCGGACAGACAAGUUGAAGCUACUUCUCUGAUAAUUUGUUUUACCACUCCAAACCAACGAAGAAAAUUCCAGAAUUUCGGUUCAAACAGGAGCCCCCUGGCUCAAAGGGGUAGCCAACUGAUACUCCUGUGUUGGACCUCAUGGAAAAAAAAAACUGAAACUAUGACCCAUUAAUUCGAAGCUAAACAUCAAUGGCUCUUUUUUCCCCCUAGUCUUCGCGUGAAUCACAGACAAAAUCUAUGCUAUUCUAUGUUAUUUAUGCUGUCCUUCAGUAUAAAUCGUUGGACUUAAGUUCAAUUUAAUUCCUUUACAGCCCUCUCUUACCCUAAAAUCUCAAAACAGUUUUCUUGUCAAUCAACUACCUAGCCACGCCGAUUGAACUGAGUUCUGACUUCUCGGAUCGGCUGAAAAACCUCAUCAGCCCGGCUCGUUCCCAGCGCUUUUCCGUCAGAAUGGCCCUGGGACAAGGCUGUUCUUAAUGGGACAACCUUCCCUCUGCUGAAACUAACCUUAUACGGAUGGGAGGGGUAUGAAUAUCCCUUUCUAAACUUCAAAACCUGUUGUUUCAUGAACUGAGGAGAUUGCCACGUCCUUGUAAGUUUUGUGCAGUGUAUUUACCCUUGCCUCAAUUUUGGUCACAGUUUAAUCCCCUUUGUGUUCAUCUCUCUUCUUCCGCUGUUGUAAGGGUAUGUUGCGUGUCGAAAAAUAAACGACUCGACGAACAACAGUAAUUCAAACAGACAAAUACAGGUCUGCUACUACAGCUUAGCAUCACUGUGCGAACACCCUGCAACUGACCCUACUCAGGAGACCUACCCACCAUAGUGGUGUGCUCUCCUUACAAACGUUAUAGUGAUUCAUCUUUUGCAUGCGAAACCGUGUGGAGAAUGGGGAGGAUACGCUUUGAAAUCGGCGCUAGCUUGGCUUUGCUGCGAAAACUCGCAAACGCGCAAACACAAUUCCCCAAGCUACGCAGGCUACAAAAAUACGGGCUGUUUUGCAGUCUUAACCUCGUCGGGUAAAGCCCUGGCGACGAAGUUGUUGAGGUCUAAAUCGAGCCUCGUUAAUAGGACACUGAGCCCGGAGGGUACUGUAGAAAGCGCCCGCUAAAACGCAGGUUAUUUUUAUCAUUGUCUCCAUGUUUUAUUACUUAAAAACAACCUCGGGCAAUUUGAAAAUCGUGAUAAAACACACGGAAGCUUUUUAUGAUGUGGACGUGCGGGUAGAUUGAAUUACAAAAUCUGAUACGUCAAUAUAUUUUUUCUGUCUAUAAUUCCCUCAUCUGUAAAUGGGGGUUAGUUAGGUAGCUCCUCUGCCAAAAGUUUUCUCGCGGGAGCGAUCCCGCCAGCUACGCAGGCUAGUAUUUCUGCGUAGGUCAAGAACGCGCCAGAGGUCAAGUGAAAGGCCUGGAGCGAGGGGUGUGUGAGAUCCGCGCGCUUUGCUUCGCUUUACAAUAUUCGCCCACACUUUUAUUAGGUGUAUGACCUAGUGUUUUCACUUCAUAUUUAGUGUGUAAGGAUGGCGAACGUGAAUCGAAGGCUGGAACAUGUAAAGCGUGGGCGGAGUCAGGCUACUGCCAAAAAUUCAAGCGCGUCAUGUCGACAUACUGCUCAAAGGAGUGCCAAUUCUGUAGUAAGUUGAUUUUCUUUAGUUUAUGUGCCUUUUCCUAUAGUUACGGGUGUCCUGUUUUGUGUCUACACCAAAGCUAAGCCUACUAGGAGACAAAUCACCUGUAAUGGGCAAAGGUUAACACAGCUUAUAGCAGGUUCACUGAAUUCUACCGCGUACUUUUUUUAAAGGCCUCGCCCAGUAACGAAAACGGACGAUGACUCGCUCGCUUUAAUACGCGUGCGUACGUACGUAUAAUUUACGCGCGAGUAAACUAGAGGCAAUGUACGAAUGCCGCGCUUAGCGAGGUUUAACUUUUACGUGCAAGCGCGACCUUCCAUACAUGGCCUGUAUUUCAUUUACGCGCGUGGCGCAUGUAAAAAUUACGCGACAGUGGAAAUCCACCUUACGGGGGUCGGGUGUCCUCCACCGGGAGAGGACCUCCACUCUUGCACGUCGUUAUCUAAGAUGGUGUUAGAAACGGCUUGCUGAACGGAAGUAGCUCUAGCCUGUUCCAAGAGUUCAGAUAGUGGAGAGCGGUGCGAAGUAAAGAAAGCGAUGAAAAGAAGAGGGGGACUGGGGAGAGAGGUGCGGGAACCUCUCCUCCUCCGUCGCUUUUAUUUUUUUGCGCUCUUUUUCACUUCGCACCGCUCCCCACUAUCUGAACGCCUGGAACAGGCUAGAGUAGCUCUGUCCUUUGAUCGCGUACAACGAUUUCUUCCACUGUUCUCGCUUUUCUUCUAGAACUCCAUUACUCCAAAAUAAUUUGAGUUCGCGCGCGAAAACGUUCAGGAUUUCUGGACAACGGACAGUCAUAACUUAAGUAAGCAGACUUAUGAUUUUUUUCCCUCUUAUUUGUCAGAACCUUUCAGCCCCCCAGGAUGUCAACUAAGCGAAUACGGAUGUUGCUGGAACAAUUUUCCUGCUUAUGGGGAAAACGGACACGGGUGUCCAAGUAAGAAAACAUAAGAAUUGUUCAAACCUGUUCAUGCUUGCACGCGCAGCGUUAAGGACACUUGAUGAACGUUACAUCAUUCGACAUAAUUUAUUGUUCAGAGGAAGGUCACGCCAGGAGGUUUGAAUUUCUAUGGCCAGCGAACAGGCGCUCGAUUUCGACUCACAAGUAUUAGAGUCGAGAGCUACUGAGGGGUCUUACGCAAGUACCGAGUGCAAAGCUUCGCUCUCCACUCACAGUGAAACAAAUACUGAGUAUUCUUUUAAACUGGGACCAUUUACUGGGAAAUUUGUGGCCCUCGACCUCUGACAUGUUUCUGCUUCUAUGUUUUCUUGCUGAACUUCCAUACAAUCUCUGCAUUUACCCAAGUGUAAGUGCAAAUUCGCGGACGAAAGGACAACAGUUUGUGGACUCGAAAAUGAUACAUUAAUAGCUAGCUAGAACAUCAGCGUACUAGAGCGUCUUUGCACUUAAGAGCUUACUGUAUCUCAUCUAAACCAUGAUGGCCGCGGACACUCGUUUCUAACCUCCCACAAGCGGGCACCGCACUGUGAUAAUAUACCGUACAGGUUUUUUUUGACCAUGACCGGUUUCACGUAAGACAAUAAAACAAACUACCAUUUAAAAAACCGCCUUAAUGUGAGCGUUGCAAGCUCCAGUUAGCGGCCAUCUCUCCAAUAUGCUAGUAGCGACCGCUUUCGAUGAUAAAUCCCUGACUCAUACUCCAACCUCUCUCACACUCCGUAAAUUGGCGCGCAAAAGACAGCGGGAAAGAGAGAGCGGGCGAGACGGCGCUUUGCUUGUUUCCAGUCAUGCAACUAGUCUCGGGUGAGUUUCGAAGCUCCUGCCGCUGUGGGGACUGGAUAAAACCCGUAUGCCACUACGUCCAGUUUCAAUACGGACACACUUUUUUGCUCCUCCAGACUGUCCCUCAGCUGCCGUUUUAGAUGGCUACCAUGUGUAUAAGAAAACAUGGCCGUGCUUGCUGACGCUUUAUUAUUUCCAGUCAUUGUGUUUUAUUUUUCUGAUUACAACAGGGUGUAAGGACUUUUAUGACCGCCUGUGCAGACUGUUUACUGAACCAGACUUCAACUACUGCAUGCGGCCCGGGAACAAAGGAAAGUUCAUUCGAUAUCACUGCUUCAAGUCUUGCGGAUGGUGUGACAAGUGA